CGAGGAAACCAUAGAGCCCAAUUACACAAGCAUAGAGCAGCUGUUUUGCUUUCCACAACCAACCCCUAAGGAGAAAACAGCCGCACCAGUGAAGGCAGAGCCAAAGGAGCUCCAAUGAAGAGGUGGCUGCCAUGGUCCAGAAUGGGGAUCGGACCAAGUUUGACGUUGAGGUUCUAAAGCAGCUGCUGAAGCUGCUGCCUGAAAAACAUGAGAUAGAAAACCUGAAGGCCUUCAAAGAAGAGAAGUCGAAGUUAGCAAACGCGGAUCAGUUUUAUCUUCUCCUCCUUCAGAUUCCCAGCUAUCAGCUACGGAUUGAAUGUAUGCUGAUCUGCGAAGAGACUACUGUUGUGCUGGACAUGAUUCAGCCAAAAGCUGAAGCCAUCCGGAAAGCCUGCGAAGAUCUUCUGACCAGUCACCGUCUGCCGCUCUUUUGUAAACUGAUUCUCAAAGUUGGAAACUUUCUGAACUACGGAAGUCACACAGGCGAUGCUGAUGGGUUUAAAAUCAGCACUUUACUCAAACUAACAGAAACCAAAGCAAACCAAACCCGCAUUACGCUGCUCCACCAUAUCCUGGAGGAAGUAGAAAACAGCCAUACAGACCUACUGGAACUGCCGGAGGACCUCGAAUAUGUUUCAAAAGCAGCAGGAAUUAAUCUUGAUAUUAUACGCUCAGAGUCCAGCGCCAAUUUAAAAAAGCUGCUGGAGCUCCAGCGAAAGGUCUCAUCAGCCAACGAUGAUGUGAAACAACAGUAUGAGAAACCUAUCCAGGAUAGCAUUGAUGCCUCCAGAAAACUGGAAGAAGAUUUUGAAACCAUUGACAGGAAGAGAGAAGAACUUGCAAACUAUCUCUGUGAGGACCCAAGCAAGUUGUCCUUAGAGGAUGUAUUUAGCACCAUGAAGACUUUCAGAGAUCUCUUCAUCCGAGCCCUGAAGGAAAACAAAGACAGAAAGGAACAAGCUGCAAAAGCAGAGAAGAGGAAGAAACAGCUGGAAGAAGAAGAGGGGNUUUCAUACCCCUAUUACCUAACUUGGAAGAAGAAGAAGGGAGAAAAUGGAAAAGUCAUUAAGAAGGGGUUGGUGAAACAGGAGGAUGUUUGCGUCAUUGAUGCACUGCUGGCUGACAUAAGGAAAGGGUUCACGCUGAGAAAGACAAAGAACAGACAUGAGUCGGAUGCACUUCCUAAAACCUUGCCUGCGGAGAUCCCAGAGGAGAGCCGGUCCGGAAAGAGCAUUAAGGAUCCACAAGGAGGAGGACAGCAGAUGGAUGAUAAAGCCAAACAAAACAACAGUCAUCCUUCAGAAAGCACUCUGUCCUUGGAAGCUGCCCUACCAGAGAUUGGUGGAGAUGUCAGAGAUGCCUCAGCUCCAAGCCAGGCAUUACCUGAAAAUAAUAUUGGAGGAAAUUUGCCACUAGGGUCUCUAACAGAAGACCCUUUGGUAAACUUACUGGAAGCUGAUGAAGCUGGGCAGGGUACUGGGAUGGCAGGCCUCCAGCCAGGCCUGGGGAGUGGUGCCAUUUCCUUCUCUGCUGCUAACAUAGGUGCCAAUAUAACAUUUGUGAGCAGCAGCUCUGAUGCUGCUCUGAGAGAGCAGCUCAACGGGUCCAUCUCAGAAGAGCAGGACAACAAACGCUCAGGUGAUGGCUUGGAGAGUUGCAGGCUGGCUCAGGACAUCCAGCUGAGCCAGAAUGGAGGCAAUUCCAGCACUCCAUCCACUCCCUGUGAUGGUGCACAUCAGGCUGAGUUGAAAGAGAUGGCAAAGGAAAACGAAGACCCUGGUACAGACUCGCUGUUGGACACUUCCCAAGAGAAAUCCUUCUCAGAGGAGCCAGCCACCGACUCUUCUUGUUCUGCAACGCUGCCUCCAGGGGAAACACACACUGACAGGGAAAAGCAGAGGACAUCUGGGAAACGGAGAAAGAAGAAGAGGAACAGCAAAAGCCACUCAGCAGAGGUUGAGACUGAUUCUGGAGAUUGUAAGACAAAAAAAGGUUGUGUGGUACAGUGAGGUGUUACAGCAAGGCAGAAGAAAUAACAGGGGCCCGGAGACAUGCUAACUCAUCCCCAGAGCACUGCCAGCCUCUCAGAAACCAGGCUCUGCAUCACCAGAAGGCCUCCUGCCCUGACUGGACGUCACACUCCUCCUGAUGCAGCCUUCCACCCUGUGCCCAAAGGCCCAAUGAGCCGCUAUGGAGGCUUCAGCACCCUCAGCCCGUGCCUUACGUGACCUGCGUUGUGCCCCAGGGGUGCCGGUGGGGAUAUGGUCCAGAUUGAUGCAGCAGCAGGGAAGGUGCAGGCCUCUCAGCCUCCAUCCUAAUGCCCAUCAUCCCUACCUGCUCUUAGGCCAAACUACUCUUAACACAAUGGCAGAAUGUGGCCCAGCAUUCAGGCCUCGGGAAAUUUAAAAAAUAGCAGUGCCUCAAUUAAAUUGAGGGUAUGAAUCCAGCAGUGGCUGUACCCUCACAGGGGGAAGCGUUAUCCCUCAUUUAAUUGCCCACAAGCCUUUUAUAUUCAGCCAGAACCAAGACGCAAAAUGUAUUUGCUCUCUCAGUCGCUUAAGGCAAGCAAAAUCAGUUAUAAGAACAACAAAAGUAUGCAUUUUGGUUAACAUGUGGCCAUGUAAACAGCGUCUGGCUUCCAGAUAACACUUAUGUGCAAUUAAGCUGAAGCAUGGCGGUGGUCCUGCAGUAAUUUCACAUGCACAGCUACAGGGCCCCAGUUCCUAUCAAAAGAAAAGAUAUUUUCCAGGGUACUGUGUUAAACACAUAUUCAGCUCAUCCUUUAGUAAGUCUCCGGGUUUAAGUCCCAUUCUCAGCUGCUUGCAUUCUGAUGUCUUUGCAUUCAAGCUGCAGAACACAUAUUUUUCACAUUACUUUUGCUUUGAAACUGGGAAUGUGCAGUAUUGUGUUUUUAAAAGAGUCGGAGCUUUAUUUCUCAAGUUUUGUAAUAACGUUGUACCAUAGUUUUGUACAUAGCUGUCAAUUUAAAAUGAUCUAUGUUUGUUGAAUCUGUGGUGUGAUACUGUGCUGAAACAUGAAUCAAGCAGAAGAGAUUGUUACAUUUAAGAACUAUGCCUUUAUAUGGUAACCUGCUCUGUCUAAACUAACGUUCAGAAUAAACCUUCUUUUGCUUUGCUCAAUAGGAAUAUCAGCAUCCUUGCAACACUGAAGACUUUGCCGGACUGAGGUAGAGGUUAUGCCAAGAAUUAAAUCAGUGGUUUAUUUUAACCAAAGCAUUGUUACAGAGAAUUGUUAACAAAAGCAAAGACGUGUUUGGAGUAGGUGCACGGGCAGACAAGGCUCAGGAAGCCUUGCAGAGCAGCACAGCCAUGUUGCAGCUGAACUCAUGUUCCUGGCCAGCAGAAGUAAGCUGCAAAACCACAUAACCUGCCCCAGGUUUGACAUGCGAGACCACUCUGUCACAUUUUAAAAGUUUUCUCCUUUUUUUCCCCUCUAUUCCAGUCUCUGAGUGCAUCACCCAAGAAUCAGUCCUUCUUGCUGUCAUUAAUCAAGUUUCUCUAUUCUCAGAUUAGACUCCAGCCUACAAAAGUCCAACUAGCAAACAUUUCCCCAGCAGUUUUGCCUCCUUCAUGUUGCCAGCAGGAACCUGCAGCCCAGAUCACAGUGAGCAGCCAUCCUCCUCCACCCUGCCCUGCUGAUUUAUCAGUAGGAACGAAAUCGCCUUCAGUAUUUAGGAACAAGCAAGGCUCUUUGGUGUUACCUGCUGAGGGCCUUCAAAUAGAGGGCAUUUGACAUUGUUUUCCCAUUGCCUUCAAGCAUUAUGGAGAAACUGGUAUUUUGAGCCAGUGCUGGUUCUUUGUUCUGAAGCCAUUUUUGAGAACUGUAAUAAAUUGACUGUUAAAAUCAAAUCCCAAUCAACAGAUCAAAGCACAGUAUUUGUAAUGCAUUACUCCAAAGCAGCUCUGCUUCUGUUACUAUGAUUAUUUAGGAAGAUGGAGUCAAAGCAACUCAAAGAAAGAUGCUCAACUGGGUUGUGCAGUUUUGCUCUAUUUGUCACUUUCAUAAGUUCAUAAUCUAGAAGAUUUUUCAGUGUUUGUAAGACCAAAUCAGUUGCAGGUAAAAGCAAUGAAAUUUGCAGCUAUUUUAACAGGUAUGUGUUUGUUUAAGCCAACAGUGAGUUUGGACUUCAGAAGAGAAUUCCUGUGGUUAUAUUACAGCAACUGCACAUGGAAUUCAUUAUGUGAACCAGCCUGUGAGCUCCACAGGUUUUUAGCUGUCAAAUAACUGCAUAUUCCCCAAAUAAGCAUUUUCUGUAUGAUAAAAAUGAAGUUAUGGAUGAAAUCUGCAGAAGUUUUUUCCAAGUACUUCACAUCAAAAUGUGGAUAUGUUUUAAAAGUUGGAAUUGGGAUUUCAGAGCUUUUGUUUGUUUGUUUUGUUUUAAUUUCAUUACUGAAAAUAUUUCAAAAUUUAGAAUAAAAGAAGUCAAAGUA